UUCGCGGAAGUCGGCGCUGAUGAUGGUGGCCUCGUCAGUUUAGCAGCAGGAAGAGGAUGUUUGCUUCCACCGAAAGAAUAAUAUCACCCGAUUACAAGUCUUCAUAACAGAGCAAACCGCACAAGUUUUUCUCCUGUGACCCGCAGGACGGGGAUUCAUCGAUCGCUCGCCCCCUGUGAGCCUGAACUCGGGCGCCGGAUAACAUGUCCCUGUUCCAGUCGGCACUGGAUUUCCUAGCCGGGCCCGGCUCGUCCGGAGCGGCCAGCCGGGACCAGAAUGACUUCGUCGGACAGAUCGUUGAGCUCGGUGACAUGAAACUGAGGAUCAAGAGGGUGAUCGCGGAAGGUGGAUUUGCCUUUGUGUAUGAAGCCCAGGACAUGAGCAGUGGUAAAGAUUAUGCCCUCAAGAGGCUGCUGUCCAAUGAGGAGGAGAAGAACAAGGAGAUCAUCCAGGAAGUCUGCUUCAUGAAAAAGCUGUCUGGUCACCCGAAUAUGGUUCAGUUCUGCUCUGCCGCCUCCAUCAGCAAGGAGGAGUCGGACACCGGACAGGCCGAGUUCCUGAUCCUCACCGAGCUCUGCAAAGGUCAGCUGGUGGAGUUUAUAAAGCGGGUCGAGCAGAGGGCUCCGCUGUCAUGUGACACCGUGCUGAAAAUCUUCUACCAGGCGUGCCGCGCCGUGCAGCACAUGCACAAACAGAAGCCUCCAGUCAUACACAGAGACCUCAAGAUUGAGAACCUCUUGAUUAGUAACCAGGGCACCAUCAAGCUGUGUGACUUUGGCAGCUCCACCACGGUGUCACAUUACCCCGACUACAGCUGGUCGGCACAGAAGAGGUCCAUGGUGGAGGACGAGAUCACGAGGAACACCACUCCAGCGUACCGAACGCCAGAGAUGAUCGAUCUCUACUCCAACUUCCCCAUCAACGAGAAGCAAGACAUCUGGGCCCUGGGAUGCAUCCUCUACCUGUUGUGUUUCAAGCAGCAUCCGUUCGAGGAGGGCGCCAAGCUGCAGAUCGUCAACGGGAAAUACUCCAUCCCUCAGAACGACGUCAAGUACACUGUGUAUCACGAACUCAUACGUUCCAUGCUGAAGGUGAACCCAGAGGAGCGUCUGUCUAUUACAGAGUUGGUCAACCAGCUCCAGGAGAUAGCAGCAGCACGCAACGUCAACCCCAAGUCUCCCAUUACAGAGCUGCUGGAGCAGAACGGAGGGUUCGGCAACAACGGAGCGCAGCUGCCCAUGCAGAUCCACAACGUCCAGAACAACGCAGGCGUGUACGAUCCCGAUCAGCCAGGCGGUGGCCUCUUGGACAUCUUAAGGGGAGGAACGGAGAGAUUCCUGACCAACAUAAAGGACACGUCCUCUAAGGUCAUCCAGUCAGUCGCCAGCAACCCAAGCUAUGCCAAAGGGGACCUGGAUAUUUCAUACAUCACCUCCAGAAUAGCAGUUAUGUCUUUCCCGGCUGAAGGUGUGGAGUCGGCGAUAAAGAACAACAUCGAGGACGUGCGUCUGUUCCUGGACUCGCGUCACGCCGGCCACUACGCCGUGUACAACCUCUCCAAGCGCUCGUACAGGCCUUCUCGGUUCCACAACAGGGUGUCAGAGUGUAACUGGCAGGUGCGCCGCGCCCCCAACCUCCGCAGCCUCUACAGCGUCUGUAAGAACAUGCAUCUGUGGCUCAAACAGGACCAGAGGAACAUCUGUAUAGUACACUGUCUGGACGGCAGAGCAGCGUCAGCCGUGGCAGUUUGCUCCUUCCUGUGUUUCUGUCGCCUCUUCACCACAGCCGAGGCCGCCGUCUACAUGUUCUCAAUGAAGCGCUGCCCGCCUGGCAUUGCGCCCUCACACAAGAGGUACAUAGAGUAUAUGUGCGACAUGAUGGCAGAGGAGCCCAUCAUCCCUCACAGCAAGCCCGUCAUCAUCCGCUCCAUCACCAUGACGCCCGUGCCGCUGUUCAACAAGCAGCGUAACGGCUGCAGGCCCUUCUGCGAGGUUUAUGUUGGAGACGAGAGGGUGCUCACCACAUCGCAGGAGUACGACAAGAUGAAGGAUUUUAAGACAGAAGAUGGAAGAGCAGAGAUUCCCCUCAACGUUACCGUUCAGGGAGAUGUGCUGGUGGUGAUCUAUCAUGCCAGAUCCACGCUGGGAGGACGUCUGCAGGCAAAGAUGGCGUCCAUGAAAAUGUUUCAGAUUCAGUUCCACACAGGCUUUGUGCCCAGAAACGCCACUACAGUCAAGUUUGCCAAGUAUGAUUUGGAUGCCUGUGACAUCCAGGAAAAGUAUCCCGACUUGUUCCAGGUCAACUUGGACAUCGAGGUGGAACCCAGAGACCGACCCAGCGCCAAGACUCCUCCGUGGGAGGGCUUCCAAACCAAGGGCCUCAACCCCAAGAUCCUUUUCUCCUCCCGUGAUGAACAGCAAGAGAUCCUCAGCAAAUUUGGUAAGCCCGAGCUGCCUCGUCAGCCCGGUUCCUCUGCAUUUUAUGACUCAGAGUCGCCCCAGCCAGCUCAGACCCCAGAAGGUUCCAGCGCAACAGAACCAGAAUCUCCUAUGAGCAACGACACCAACGCCAGCAACUUCUUCCAGACUCUGGACUGGGAAGAUGUGCGUGGCCAUCAGGAUGCCUCAGACAGCCAAGGAGGAGGAUCCAUCAACGACCAGGAGGACCUGAGUGACCAGUCAGAAGGAGAGUCCUACUCUUAUUCUGCUCCCAGUGGAGAACCGCUGUCAAGAGACAACAGUGAGCCGCUGUUUGAUGCUGACUUCCAGGCCUCCCCUCCCGCCCCGCAGGAACCUCCCCUGGGCGACACAGCGGACCUCCUGGGCUUGAACUCUGACCCUCAGCCUCCCUCCAUGUCCUCAGCCGCCUCCGCUGCUGCUCAUCAAGGAGAGCAGGGAGGAAUGAAAGCUGCCUCCAGCAACAGCGAUCUCCUCAAUGACCUGUUUGCGCCUCCUGCUGGUCAGACGGGAGCAGUGCAGGAAGACCUGUUCUUCAGCGGGUCGACCAGUGGGGCCACACCGGACUCAAAACCUAUGGGCGACCUGUUUGACCCGUUUGGAAUGGGCUCCGGCUCUGGGGUCGGCUCCAGCGUUGCUUCGUCUCGACAAGCCUCUGGGCCGGACCUGUUUGGAGACUUGUUGGGUUCUGAUAGUUCAGCCACCAGCGGAUUUAGUUCAGCUCACAGUAACGCCACUCCUGCUUCCAACACCAGCCUCUUCAACCUCAAUAAGCUCGUGAAUGACGUCCCAAAGAUGACAUCAUCAGCCAGCCAGCCCGACCUGCUGGGAGGGUGGGACAACUGGGCGGCCGGCACCACCGCUGGCAUGACCUCCACCGCCAGCAAGCCCAACUACACCAACACUGCUUCUGGAGUUUCAUCCAUGUCAAAGGCCAAGUCUCAGACCUUUGAUCCUUUCGCUGACCUCGGAAACCUCGGCUCCAAUCUACCAGGUGAGAAACCAGGACCCUCCAGCAGUAAUUAUUCCGGGACUCCCUUCAGCGCUAAGGGUCCGUCUUCCUCUGCGAAGCCUCAAGCUCAGCCCUGGCAGUCCGGAAGACCCGCCUCAGCCCAGAACAAACCUUGGAUGCACGGAUCAGGACCCGGAUCUGCGCCCAAGCCGUCCCCGGCGUCUCAGCCUGCAGGACCGCAGCCCACCAAACCCAACUACAACCUCAACUUCUCGAGUGUCAUCGGUGGGAGAGAGGAGAGAGGCGUUCGCGGGCCUGGAUUUGGCCCCAAGCCCAAAGUGAAGGAGGACGAUUUUGAGGACCUGCUGUCAACUCAGGGUUUUGCUUCCAAGCUUGAUAAAAAGGGACCGAGGACCAUCGCUGAAAUGAGGAGACAGGAGAUCACAAAAGACAUGGAUCCUCUGAAACUACAGAUUUUGGACUGGAUCGAGGGGAAGGAGCGAAACAUCCGGGCGCUGCUGUCGACUCUGCACACGGUGUUGUGGGAGGGUGAAACCCGCUGGAAGCCCGUCGGCAUGGCGGACCUGGUGACACCGGACCAGGUGAAGAAGUGCUACAAGAAGGCGGCGCUGGUUGUCCACCCAGACAAGGCAGCAGGCCAGCCGUACGAGCAGUACGCUAAGAUGAUCUUCAUGGAGCUGAACGACGCCUGGUCAGAGUUUGAGAACCAGGGAUCCAAAGCACUCUUCUAAAACCCUGGCCGGGAUCCCAGCUAGACCAAACCAGACCGGAUUGGACUGGAUUUGGCCUAACCAAACACGGGGUUAGACUGGGCCAGAUUGGACAGGACUGAGCCCACAUUGGGCCUUAGGGGGCGCAACAAGCCUCUGAGAGGUGUCCUCUCUACCAUUCCCUCCCUCCUUCUUUACUUUCUUCUGUUUCUACAGUCAACGGGAAAACAAAAAAACAAAAAAAAAAAAGACCUUUUGCCUCACGUCUGGCUGCGGUGAAACUUUCCUCACGUGUUCACGGACAGCCGGUGAAACAAACAUCGUGAUCGUUCUUAAACUCACUGCCUACCUGUGUGACUGCCUGAGUGGUGCUGCAAACAUCGGGAGGGAGGAACGGGUGACAAUCACCGUGGAAACCAGAAAAAUACAAGGACUUUUAAAGUGAUGAGUAUUGUGACGUUGUGUGUUCAGAUCCAAACAGACCCGACAGUAGCGGCUGUGGCUGGUGGGAGGUUUCAUUGGGACUUGUGCUUGUCCUUCAGCUGACCGGUAAACUAAACCUGAGCAUGGCUGCGGGUCGUCCAGCAUGCCAGCCGACACGGAAAUUUGCAAAAUAUCGUUUAAAAGUUGCAUUUUUAAGCUUAAAAAAAAAAAGAAAAAAGGCCUGUGAAUUUUGGAGCAUCCCAGCCACAGCAUCGAUGAAUGAAACCCUGCCUCUGAUGCAGAAGCAGGAAGUAAACCUUCCCAUGAUUCUGAAAACAAGGCGGACAUGUUGAAAGUACCCAUUUGAAGUGCUGCUGCUGCACCUUUGGCCGUCGGGCUCGUUCCCUCUCCAGAGUGUCGCCUGCUGAACACUACUCGUGCUGCUUCUACCGUUACAGUCAUUGCUGCACAACACUCCUCAGAUCGAUGUUAGAAAACGUGCAUCCAAAUCUCCUGUCGGACCCUCUCCCGUAUAGGUCCCAAAGCGGGCAGUCGUGGUUUUUUUUUUUCUUUUGAAGUGCUCUUUUAAUUCCACCCACUCGGGCUGCACCGUGUAGCUCGACUGCAUGCUCUCUCACCAGAACCUCUGAACAACAGGAGGUGUGUGUUUCCGAACCAGGGUAGUCCCAGCGGGCUCUGUUUAGUGAAGUGCUCCUUUUCCUCGUCGCAGAGAAGAGUCGACCUGCUUGGUUUCUCGCUGGGUGGCAGAUCGAAAGUCUUCCCGAGCAUCUCCACCGCCGCCGUAGCUGUUCACUCUCUCUGAGCCCCACCCAACUCCCAGGUUUUUUUUCUUUUGUCAUAGUCAGAGGUGUAAAAAGUGAAGGACUGAAAAGAGAACACGGUGAUUUAAUCUGGUUGGUUUUAUGUUUUUCUGGUAUUAUUUGGGGGGAGGAGGGGUUAGUGUUAAGCUGUUUGUCUGUUAAUCAUCGCUUCAGUGUAAAUAUGAAAAUCUGAUCAUCCAUCAAGUGGCUUCGUUAAGAUUAGACGGCUGAUUUCUGCUAUUGGUUGUGAGUGUGUGUGUGUGAGAGUGUGUGUGUGUGUGUGUGAGCGAGAGUGUGUGUGUUUCUAUCUAGAGGAAGAUAACGAAUCCUUAUUGGACAUCACGCUUUCUUAUCUGCAAUCACAAUCUCUCUUUUCUUUUUUCUUAAUUUAACUUUUUUCAGUGUUUGUCUUUUCAAAAAACUUCCAACUUUUUUUUCUCUUUAAUUUUUUUUAUUUUAUUUCACAUUUUACCUCAUGGACCAAUUGAAUCACCUGUUUUCUUAUUUAUUAUUAUGUUUUUUUGUUUUCCGGGGGAGGGUUUGGGGUUAAUGACGUGUAUUCAUUAAUGGCACAAGUUGGAAAUUCACAUAAUAUAUAAGUGGAAUGUGCUGAGACGGCGGACAGUUGAUCACAGUGAGCCUCUUUUUUUUUUUUUUCUGUUUUCAUUCCAAAGCAUCAAAUAUUAAUAAGAAUGUGCUUUUACAGAUUAUAUAUAUCCUCUCUGUUAUGUGCUAUGUGUUUAUCAUUUGUCUCUUCUGUUCAGUCUGUUUUUUGUUUCCUGUUUUUUUUUCCUCUCUUAAGGCAGAACCGAAAUUGUAGCUUCUGUUCUGCAGUUUUUGUCAUUUUUGUUAAAAUUCCACCUCGAGGGGCCAGCGAACCGAAGUAGGAGAAGAAAUAAAAUAAAGCGAUGCUUGAAAUCCAGUGAAAACUUUCUCAUGUAGUAUAAAGAGGGCGAAUUGCAAAAUCCACACCUGGGCAGUGUUUCUGCACCAAAUUACAUCAUACUAAUAUGAAUGUAGACUUCAAUGCAAAAACAGAUAAUUAAAAAUACUUUUGAUCUGAGGCA